CGGGCAUGAGGGAGGAUGGAAGCGCAGGACGAGGUGUCGGCGCGGGAGCAGCACUUCCACAGCCAAGUGCGGGAGUCCACGAUCUGUUUCCUCCUUUUCGCUGUUCUCUACCUCGUCUCCUACUUCAUCAUCACAAGAUACAAGAGGAAGUCAGAUGAACAAGAAGAUGAAGAUGCUGUUGUCAACAGGAUUUCGCUGUUCCUGUGCACCUUCACGCUGGCCGUGUCCGCGGGCGCCGUGCUGCUCCUGCCCUUCUCCAUCGUCAGCAACGAGAUCCUGCUGGCCUUCCCUCACAACUACUACAUGCAGUGGCUGAACGGCUCCCUCAUCCACGGUCUGUGGAACCUCGCCUCGCUCUUCUCCAACCUCUGCCUGUUCGUCCUGAUGCCCUUCGCCUUCUUCUUCCUGGAGUCAGAAGGCUUCGCUGGCCUGAAGAAGGGGAUCCGAGCCCGAAUCCUAGAGACGCUCGUCAUGCUCGUGCUCCUGGCGCUGCUGACGCUCGGGAUGGUGUGGGUCGCCUCAGCGCUCAUCGACCAGGACGCGGCCAGCACGGAGUCUCUGUACGAUCUCUGGGAGUUCUACCUGCCCUACUUAUACUCCUGUAUAUCACUGAUGGGAUGUUUGUUACUUCUCUUGUGCACCCCGGUCGGCCUGUCCCGCAUGUUCACCGUCAUGGGCCAGCUGCUGGUGAAGCCGGCGAUUCUCGAAGACCUGGAUGAGCAGAUUUACGUGAUCACGCUGGAGGAGGAAGCGCUGCACAGACGGCUGAACGGACUAUCUUCCACAGUGGAAUACAAUGUAAUGGAGUUGGAACAAGAACUUGAAAAUGUAAAGACUCUCAAGACAAAAUUAGAGCGGCGGAAGAAGGCGUCAGCGUGGGAAAGGAACUUGGUGUACCCCGCCGUCAUGGUCCUGCUCCUCAUUGAGACGUCCAUCUCGGUCCUCCUGGUGGCCUGCAACAUCCUCCGCCUGCUGGUCGACGAGACGGCCAUGCCCAAGGGAGCGAGGGGGCCUGGGGUAGGAGACGCCUCCCUCUCUGCUUUUGGUUUUGUGGGAGCUGCACUCGAAAUCAUUUUGAUUUUCUAUCUGAUGGUGUCCUCUGUCGUCGGCUUCUAUAGCCUCCGGUUUUUUGGAGACUUUACUCCCAAGAAGGACGACACGACCAUGACAAAGAUCAUCGGGAACUGCGUGUCCAUCCUGGUCCUGAGCUCCGCCCUGCCGGUGAUGUCCAGGACGCUGGGAAUCACGAGGUUCGACCUGCUGGGAGACUUCGGGAGGUUUAACUGGCUGGGGAACUUCUACAUCGUGCUGUCCUACAACCUGCUGUUCGCCGUGGUGACGACGCUGUGCCUGGUCAGGAAGUUCACCUCCGCCGUGCGCGAGGAGCUCCUCAAGGCUUUGGGGCUCCAUAAGCUGCAAUUGUCCAACACCUCCAGGGAGGCAGACGCAGCCAAGCCUUCCGCCAACGGGCACCAGAAGGUCCUGUGAGACACAGCUUCGCUCGCAGCCGGACCGGACCUGCUGGCCACGCGGCGCCGUCACAGGUCAUGGCGUGGCCGUGGCUGUGGCCGUGCACAGUUUCUGAUCGUCUGCCGAUCCCGGGGCUGCCGUGGGUCUCCUGCUACUCGGCCGGGCCCUGCGCUUCCAGCCACAAGCUCGCACCUGCUCGAGUCGACAGCCAGCCUGUGGCACAGCCCGUGAGAAACUCGGGGCUCUGAGGGUUCUCAGAAACCACGCUGCUCCGUGCAGAAGGCGGGCCUGCGGAAGGCACUUGGCUGGGGCGACGUGAGCCGGAGGCCCGUGGAAGUGCCCAGGUCCGCCGUGGGUGCGGCUGCAUUUUCCGUCCUUAGAGAAGGAACCAAGCGCAGUGGUGACUCACGUUCCGGGACUUUGCGUGAAGGGAAAGCAGGGAUCCUGCGAGCCCGGCCUAGGUGGCCCUGCGCAGUGACCAGUGCGGGCGGCAGUGUGCUGACCACGGUCCCGAGCCCGUCGGUCCGUCUUACCUCUCUCGGCUCGGCUGCCCGUGCGGGACGCACUCGUGACAGACUCUGCCUUACUGGCUACGUGGACACUCGUCUUCCAGGCCCCUUUCCAAACAGCCCUCAGCUCCCGGGGCUCCUGUGCCCCCGACAGACCCAGCGCCCCGGCAGACCCCUUCUCCCCCCGCUCUUCAGGCUGUGGCUCCUUGGAGGUCAAACCUCAGACCCGUGGAAGGGACCAGGGCCACAGCGAGCGCACGGCGUCGGCGCUCACGACCGGGAGCAGCCUGGCCGAGGGUCCUGGUCUGGUGCCCGCUCGGGGCCGACUGAGUCCUGAUGGCCGUGCGUGUGGAUCUGAGGCCACCGGCCCGCCCGUCUGGCUCAGCCUCACACGUCUGUAGAACUUUUUUCUCAAAUUGUUGCAUUGCAAGCUUUUUUGGGGGGGAAAAUUAUGAAAACCAGG